AUCAGCAAAAGCAGUUUUGUAGCGUUUAAGGUUAGACCAGUUGGUGAAAAGCUGUUAUUUGUUGAUAUCUAGUGCAUAAAAGUGCAGUGUUCUCAUUCGGGACAUCCUCACAUUGGUGUCCCAAAAGUAACGUUAUUCGACAGGCAGGCCUUUCUGCUUACGUGUUCAAGCCUUUGGCCCGCAAUCGGUGCAUGGGAAUCGGCUCUCAGCUUCUGGAUUCGUUGAUUUCAUACGAAAACUUGUUUAAAUUCACGCCAAUUUCAGUGUUUGUGUGACGUAAUGGUGUGCAGACAUACAGAACAAACUUUUCUAGCCUGUGGCGCUUUACAUGACCUGCUGUGAAAAAUGGGUUACAUCAAAGUGUUAAUGGCCAACUUAAGCGAUUUUUUAACUUCAACCCGGUGAUCAUGGCAAACACUGCCACUGAAAAUGAGGCCGACUCUGGUAAGCAGCAGUAGUAUUGUAACUGUAGCUAGAGUAGUUGAAAAACAGGAGGAUGAUCAACCAGAGGAAGCAGUGACUGGCUCCAAUUCAAAUUACGACUCUUCGGAAGGAGUUCGAGGAGGCUACAAGUGUACAGUGUGUGACUUUGAAGCAGUGACUCCUUCGGCCCUUACGAAUCACAUCACAAUUUCCCACACAGCGUCAAGUGAGGCGGAGAUGGAAGCAGCUGAUGCCAGCACGUCGCCCCCGGAGAGGGCGCAAAGAAAAGCGUUCGACUGCGAUAUUUGCAAAAUGAAAUUUUCAAACGGGGCCAAUAUGCGAAGACACAAAAUGCGGCACACUGGAGUCAAGCCCUACGAGUGCAAAGUGUGUCAGAAGCGGUUUUUCCGCAAGGAUCAUUUGGCUGAACAUUUCACCACACAUACGAAGGCAUUGCCAUAUCAUUGCCCGAUUUGCAACCGAGGGUUUCAGCGGCAGAUCGCAAUGCGUGCCCAUUUCCAGAACGAGCACGUGGGCCAGCAUGAUUUAGUCAAGUCUUGUCCACUGUGCAACUUCCGCGCUGGUUCAAUGAAGAGCUUGAGGAUUCACUUUUUUAACCGGCACGGUAUAGAUUUGGACAAUCCAGGAGCGCCAGGCACUCAAUCGCAUUUAAUCGCCGCUGCGGCUCAACAGGGUUUCAAUGCGGUCGAUGGCGCCCUCAAUUCGCUCAAUCAGCUCAGCUCAAAUCUUUCGGUUAGUGUAACUAGUGCAGCCUCAGCUAACUACAGUGACUCGGGCGACUCCACCGAGAAUCGAAGUGCUGACAAUGCGACGCCCCCCAUGCACUUUUUGACUCCCCAUGUGGAAAUUUCAAUGGCGGAUGCGCCCACCGCAGUUUAUUCACCCACUCUGGAUCAGCAGCAGAGAAGCAGUAACAGUAUGGAGGGGCCCCGGAUGGUGAAUGGAGACAGUCCGAAUUCGCCUCAAUCGGCCGAUUCGAACUCAAAUGCGCCCAGCAGCAGCCAUAUCCAGCCCAACUCGCUGCGAAUGGAGCAGGAGACCAACAUUACGCCGUCGAUUUCCCUCAUUCCCAUCAAACAGGAGCCGGGCGAGGAGUAUAAUGAGGCAAAGAGAAGCCGGCCUGCUAGUUUCACUUCUGAGUCAGAUGCUAUGACCAUACAAAACGCCACCAACAGCAAUUUGAACUCGCUGAUUAAGGUUUCGCCCUUGAAGAGUCUGCUACGCGACGACCUGAAAAAGAAGCUGAUUUCGCGGAGUAAUUCGGCAAAUCGAGGCCGAUCCACUGCGUCUCCAAAUCAGAACAAUUCGGACUCUUCGCCGACUGAUACGAUAGCCAAUGGUGCAAUCACAUCGACUGGAAUGGAGCAUCCCUCCGAUUCCUCCCUGUGGAGGAUGUUUGGCAAACGCCUCCAUUGCACCUUCUGCGGGAUCGGUUUUCCCGAUCAAACCCUCUACUUCCUUCACAAGGGCUGCCACUCGGACGCCAAUCCAUGGAAAUGCAAUAUUUGCGGCGAACAAUGUUCCAGUGUGUACGAGUUCAAUUCGCAUCUACUCAGCAAAAGCCAUCAGUGACAAUUAAUGGAGCCCUUCCCUGAAACCUACACGUAGUAAGUCAGGGGUUCGAUGUCUUCAGGGUCUGGGCGCAUUUUUCUAAAUAGCUAAGAGGGAAAUUUUGGUUUUAUUGUGGCCCUCAACCAAGGAAAUUGUACAUAUUUUUCUAACGCUUUGUCACUGAAUUAUCACGGUUUGACGAUUAUAAAACGGAAACGUCCUCCCAACGUGCCUAAAAUCUACUAUACAGAAUAAGUGCACUCAUACUCAAUCAUUAUAACUAGUUUCUAUUCAAUUGCGCCUUAUAGUAGCCAAUAGUGCCUUAAAGAGAAAUAACGUUUUUCCAGCAGAAAACUGGUGUGAUUGAAUGGAGACACUGAAAACUGAAUUAUUAUGGAUUCACUUUGGGCGCAAGUCUGCAAGCCGGUUUAGUGAGAUUCAAAUUCACAUUCCAUUAUCGUUGCAUUUAAACUUGUUAUUGUUGUUGUUAUACCUCGAAGUAAGUAACUAUUAGAUAGGUAAGUUUUUGAUGCGCCGAUACAUUCACAUUUCCUCUCUGAGAAUUAAAAAAAGGAUGCAGUCCACUCAUUAGUUGACGAUAAGUUUUUUCCCUGAUGCUGAUUUUUUGUACCAGCCAACGCCCCAACAAGCUCAAUUUUGUCUCUUCUGUCGCGUCUUUUAUUUGCCGUUUUUUCAAAAGAAAUCCUAGUAGUUUAUCAUUUUGUGCUCCUCCUUAAGGGCGCAAUCAAAGAGGCCGUCAUCUAUCAUCUAAUCUCUUCACGCCAGGCGGCUUAUCGGGGCUCUUUGCCUGUUUUAUGGGGCGAAAAAUGACAGAAAAAAAACGCGCUUAUUGUGUUGGUUAACGUUUAUACUCUUGAUAGGUUUGAGAAUUUCAAACCUUAAAUCAGCUCAAUUUUGUACAUGACAAAUUUUAAUAAGCAAAAUUGUAUAAUUCGGAUGUACGGUGAGCACUGAGGUGGGUUGGAUAUAAUCCAAUGCCAUUUGAAGAGCUCAAGACGCUUUAGUAUGAAAAGUUUUGGGAAAAGAUGUUUUUGUUAUAUAUUAUACGAGUAAGUGCCUACGUAGCCUACUCAAUGCGAUAAUGAGAAACAACAUCCGUCCAAGAGAAUUUUGUUAAAUUUUUGAAUAGAUUUAUAUAUAUAUAAUAAUAUACACUUUAGAUAGACAUUAUACAUAGUAGACUAUAGAGUUUAUAAAUUUUUAUCGAGUAAAGAGAUUGUUAAAUAACGUUAUGUACGGAGAGAAAUAAUGUUGUUUGUUGUAAAUGUACAAUUAUGCGUUAAAGGAAUAAACAAGGUGAAACGUUGAGGGUUUUUUCAACGAUUCACUAUGUUUAAUUUGGCAAGCGAUUUCUAAAACAUUAUCGCUUGAUCUAAAUAUCCAGGCCAUGGAUCCUCAAAUGUAUUGGCCAAAUUAAUUAGGAUUUUUCAUUCAGCGCAAUCAAGCUGCAAUUCCAAUUGAGGACAACAAAUCAAACGUUAUAGGUGUAAACAUUCCACGAUUAGAUAAAUUGUACAUUAUAUUUAUUUUUUAUUUAGAUUUCGGUGCAAUAAGUUGUACAAGUACGUUUUAGUGACUCAAUGUAUCGACUCAUGUAUACACAUUCCCACAAUGGUUGGAUUCAUGUAAAUUGUUUUUUAAGGCUUUUUGCAUCUAUACCAUAUUUAUUUUUAUUUAUCGUUCAUGUAGGAUAUCAUUUUGUAUGUGUAGAUAUUUGCAGUUUUUCAAGGUGGCGGGGUUGAAUAGAUAUUUUAUUUUUCUGA